UUGAUUUGUCUAUUUGUCAUAGCAGAACAGAGGAAAAGAAUAAUUAUGUUUUGCCUUGGUGGUUAGUGGGUUUAUUUCACAAUAUACAUAAAUUUAUAAUUUACACUCUGAAUUGAAAAGUUUGUCAUUUGUAUUCCAGAAACGCUCAGUUCUCGUGGAUUUUCAACGCAGGAUUUCAUGUAUUUCAAUAAGGUUAUAAUAGUGUGGAUAUACUAGGCUAAAGCAAAUAUUGUAUUACUCAACAUCAGACAUGUUUUCCUUCAAUAUAUUUGGGGAUAUUCCCAGGACAUUUAAUAAACAAUAUCAAUGUUAUUCUGUUGCUAUGCUGCCAGGGAACGAACGUGAAGAUGUUGAAAAAGGAGGUAAGAUAAUAAUGCCACCUUCUGCUUUGGAUCACUUAACACAGUUAAACAUAACUUACCCUAUGUUGUUUAAGUUGACUAACAGAAGAAUCAACAGAGUUUCACAUUGUGGGGUUUUAGAAUUUGUGGCCGAUGAAGGUAAUGUCUAUCUUCCACGCUGGAUGAUGCACAAUCUGUUAUUGGAGGAAGGUGACCUGGUAUCGAUUGAAAAUAUUUUACUACCUGUUGCUAGUUUCGCAAAAUUUCAACCUCAGUCAUCUGAUUUUUUGGAUAUAACUAAUCCUAAAGCUGUGUUGGAAAACUCUCUUCGAAAUUAUGCGUGUUUAACAACAGGUGAUGUGAUUGCAAUAAUGUAUAAUAAGAAGACAUAUGAAGUUUGUGUUUUGGAAACUAAACCAGGUAAUGCUGUGUGUAUAAUUGAAUGUGAUAUGAAUGUUGAGUUUUCAGCUCCGGUAGGAUAUGAAGAGCCAAAGAAAGUAGAGAAAGAAGAAGAUUUUGAAAUGGAUGAGACCAAUUUAAUUCCAGAACAAAAAGGUUUUGUUGCAUUUACUGGCGAAGGUAAUAUCCUUGAUGAGAACAAAAAGAAAAAGAUUAACUUAGAUGGGCAAGGCAACAAAUCUUCUGGUGUGGCAAAGGUGCCUUAUCAACGUGGAAUCCCAGACUACAACUACACUGUUGGAACUCUACAGUUUAUAAGGAACAACAAACCACCAGCUGAAAAAGAAAAUAAAGAGCCUACCAAUGAUUUUAAACCCUUCUUUGGUUCCGGCCAGUCUCUGAGACAGUCAAAGAACUAAUAUAAAAAUAUUUCCAAAGUGUUAUGAUUUUAAUUUUUUUUUUUAAUUUGUUUUUCAAUUUCUAUAUUUUACAUCUGGUGUAACCUAGGUAAACUUACGGAAAUCAUAAUACUCUAUGUACUUACAGUUUUAAAUUGUAAAAUCCUUUUCUGUAUUAAUUCUGUGUUUUAUAGUGUAAAUUUUGUGAAAGAGAUUAAUGAUAUAAAACAGGUUAUAAUGCUUAUAAGUUUGUUCUUAAAUGAAACGUUAGGCCUAACUUAAAUUAGUAAUGGUAAUGAGUAAUCGCAAAUAAAAUUUCUUUAAUUUAAUGAAGUUGUAGACUUAAGUUAUUUGUUGAGUUUAUAUUGGUAUGUUGUGAAACAGAAUUUGCUAAGCAUUAUUUCAGUGGUUUUUGUUGUCGAAUUGAAAUCUCUUUAUUCUCUGCGUAAAACCCAUAUGAAAUGUUAGGUUAUUAUAUUAAUAGGUCUAUUAUUAUAGUAAUUUCUUUUGUUAGAAUAAUGACACGUCAAAGUAUUUUUGGUUAUAAGUCUGUUCUAUGGUAUAGUAGAGAGCGCAUCACACAUGAUGAAACAUUUUUUAAAUUUAGUUUAAUUAAAACAAAAAGAAAAUGCUUUGCUAUUUUCAACUAAACCUAUUGAAUCCAAUUGAUUUUGUUAAUAUCAUAUCAUUUAAUACUUAAGCUGCUCGUUUGAUUAAUUAUACAUUUUACAAAUGGAAAUUUUGUUAUAUUAUCUAAAGUAAAUUACAGAUGUAAAAAUACAAAGUAAAACUAAUGUAUAAUCACUACAAUCUAUAACAUUGUAUUUUAAAAUUAUGGUCGUUAUUAUUUGUACUAUUUAUAAUCAUUUAAUACCAUUAAGAAUUAUAAAAAAACAAGUUCGAAAGUAAACUUUUAGACAACUUGUUAAUACCUUUCUGCUCAGAAAUCCUGACAUAAGUAGAAGGAAAUAUCGAACAGGUAUUGGCAGGAAGGUAAGCUGCUAAUUAAAAAUAACUGAAGUAAAAUAUUACAUUGACGCAUGUGAGAACACAUCCAUAGCAGUUAAUCGCCUUUUUUAAAUUUGGUAAUGUUUAUGUGAACUUUCUACUUGACAGUACCUAUAUUGUAAGUGAGUUAAGGCAAUAACACGCACAAUCAGGAUAAUACAUUUAAAUGAUUAAGUGUUAAGUAUAAUAAUAAUAUUAACAACUGAUAUUUACCUGUUAGUCUUUACUUUCUUUGUUUUUAACAUUAAAGUUUAUAAACCCUUGCACUUGAGAGAAAAUAUUAAAAUUAUGAAUAGGCUACAUUCACUCACUUAUAAUAAAUUUAAGAUCCAUCCAUUUUACUUGUUCUUCAAACAUAUUUUCUUUUGAAGUAUAUAUAAACAAAUUUGUCAUUUAUAUGCUUUAAAUAAUACAUGCAGCAAUGUGAUCAUGUUCAACCCUGUGUAUACUGUAAAUUUUACAUCAGAUUGUACAGUACUUGUAAAAUAUUUUUUUGUAGAGAGAGUUUGGUCAGCGGAUUGUUUAUACUAAUAUACUCCGAGAUACAGCUAUUCAGACUGAUCUUAGGUUUUUAUUAAAGAUUUCUUAUUGACGGAAAAUCACAAAAUAAGAAAGUAAGUAUCCGACAAUUGCCUUAUUUGACCUCUGAUGUCUAGAAAGUGAGUAUGAUCAUGUGUUAAAAUAUAAUGCAAUUACUUAUUUAAUACAGUAUCUUAAUGAUAACUACUAAACAUUGUAAUUAAAGCCUAUUUUUCAGGAUCUUGAUAAGACUAAAAUUCAACAAAAUUUAGAACUUCACAAUUAGGUAGAUUUUGUUUACAAAAUCAGCCUUUUUAUAUUGUUUAAUAACAUUAUUAUUUAAGAUUUAUUUCUAACUUAACAACUAUAGUUAAAUAUUGGAAGAUGACUGUUUGGUCUUCCUGCUUGCUAACUCUGUGAUCAAAUGCACAUACUAAACACAGACCUAAUACUGUCACAUUCUGAACUGUAAUCAAGAUUAGGUUAUAUUUUUAUGCUUAUAAUAAAAUAAAUUACUAUUUAAGGCACUCAAAAUCAGAAUAAGAAGCAUUGUUUAUUGAUUUAAUACAGAUUCACACAAGUCAAUGUAAAAUAUUUUAAAGAGUGAUAGGUCGAUCAAUGAUUAGUCCUAGUAACAAAAUAUGAUUUUAAUAAAAAUUACAAUUUCCAAGAUACUAACACUUUUUUGAAAAUCACAAAACUGUUACUCUAGAUUAAUAUCUUAUGUAGGCCAUUUACAAAACUAGGUGUUAUGAUUUUACCUUUCAAUUAAAGUCAAUGAUAGAAAAUGUGCAAAUUAUACAAGUGGAAGGUACUUCUGGAACUUUUCACUACUUCUCGUUAUAGUGAAAAGUUUUCAUUUCAAGGUAUUUGAAAUAAACAUUCUUCUGAUUCAAAAAUUUGUACUUUAAAGAAAAAUGUAAUAUUACAAUGUUAUUUAGGAUUAAAAAAAUGUAAUAUUUGAUUACUUAACAAAUGAAAUCAACAGAGUGAGUUAAUAUUGUAGUAAAAUUGAAAUUACUUUCUUUAGUGCCUAUUAGUAAGUACAAUUCUUAUUAUACAAUUUUGAAUUGGAGAAAAUCUGUGUAAGAUACUCUAAAAUUAAACUUUUCACCUUUAAUAAGAAAACUGUGAUAUUGUUCAUCUGUUUUUCAUGUGCACCAGAUUUCCUACCAUUAUGACAAAUUCAAAGGAAAUACUAUAACAAAACUACUAGCUUUGUAGCAGUAAUACAUAUUGCAUAGUAUAUUUUCAAAAAAAGUUGAUAUCCCUGAAAAUUAAAAACUUUUACUAAGGUCAUGCAUGUUUUUUUAUUUGGAUUAGCUGCUAACCUAUCACCCCUUGGAACUUUACAGUUGACGUAGUGAACAUCCUAUUUAUAUUGGAAAGUUGAUAAAAAUAAUGCUAAUAUAAAAUAGUUUUUUUGCAAGGUGCAAGUUAAUAAUUAAAUUCUCAUGUAACAUAGGCUAAUACAAAUUUGGUCAUUCCCAAAUCGUAAUUUUCAAAUUAUAUUUUAAACAAAUGUUAUCUCAAAAGAGAUAUGAUAAUUUUGUUAUAUGUAUAUUACUGAUACAUUUUCACAAGUUUCAGUUAACACAACUUAGUAAAAAUCAAGAUCUAUUUGAGUUGAAUUCUGGUUCAGUUAAAUGAAAGUACAUCACUAGCUUUCUGUAGGAAAAUUACACUUCAAAAUCUAGCCAUAAAAUUAAUUUGUAAACAGCUCUAUAAGCAGUUGUGUUUCUUAGAUUAUGGCAUAAAACUUGCAAUAUGAAGGCCCGGUUUCAAAAAUAAGAUAAAAAACUAUGUUGCACAUAUCAGAAUCAGAAAUUGCUUUAUUCACAAGUUUGUACAGUGUGCAAUGAAUAGUGUCAUGAAUACAAAUACUAUGACUACAUUAUAACACUACAACAAAAAAUAAUGUUAUAUAUAAACAUACAUAACAUAAAAUAAAUAACACUAUAAAAUAAUACAAUAAAAAAUGUAUACAAACAAAAAUGACUAUUCCUCACAUAUAUUACCUAGUAGUCUAACUCCUCUUCAAUUUCUGUUAUUGAGUAUGGUGCUAAAUUAAUAAAUUGUUAAAAUAA